AUGACCACGACAGUGACCAAAAAGACUGUUUAUGUCAGGGGCCCGAACAACAUAUACCGACGCAAGUCCUAUGACACUCCUUCAAUUGCAUCUGUCGACUCUGUCGACUUGACUCGUAAGAAGGGUGAGGUCGAUUCGACACUCAAUGACUUGAUGGUGUGUGGUUUUCAGGUCCCAGAGGACCCUUCUACGAAAAAGGCGAAGAUGAAAACAAAGCGACCAUCUGCAUCAAGCGCUGAGUCUACAGCCUCAGCUCCUAAUCAACCUCCUUCCCCCCGCAUUUCCUUCAAGAGGUCGUUCUCUGACUUGCCAAAACAAACUUCUUGGAUGGAUAGUAUCAAAUCGCUACAGACCCGCUUCCUCCCCCAGUCGGCAACCGAUUUCGUGGUUCCCUACGCCCUAGGUAUCCUCACCGCAGUGGUGAUCCAGCAAAAAUGGGAUCUUUUGACCCGCUACGCAAAGCUCUUGUCAUAUUUGUUAUUCAUGUGUAUCCUUUGGGGUGCCCUAGCCACCGGUGCAUUCUGGUAUGCUGGUGUUCUCAGAAUCUCCAACUUGGAUGAUAUCAAAAACACAUUCUCAAACUUGUUUGGCCUGGGAGAAGUUGCAAGAUCUGAUUCACCCAUUAAUUACCACUACGACCGGCGUGGAAGAAGAUCAAGCAGCUUGGAUGAAGUGGUGGACACAGAAUCGGUCAUUCUGUCCGAAUACGAAUCUGACUGUGACCCCAGACGAAAGAUGAGGACAGAAUCGGAACCUCACCUCGUAAGAGAACCAUCUCCUCAAAAAUUGACCAAUGUCAGACCGUUUGUCCCACCUUCGAGAAGAGACAGUGCCGAUUCAAAAAUGUCUUCGCAAGUCCUGUUGAACCGUCUCCAGAACGAAGCAAGCACAAAAAAGAGCCGUUUCCGCUUGGGUCUGCCUGAACGCGAGAGACCCAAGGAUCCUCGGAGACAUUCAUCGGCAUCUCUAGAACUAUCUUCAAAGGAUAAACAUAAACCUUUGCCAUCUUUGCAUAAAACCGCCCAAAGGAGUCUGGACUCCAGCGGCCUGGAUUUACCCCUAGUCCAUGAAAUCAAGCUCAAAAGCAGGUUUGACCAGCAGCUUGAAGCUUUAGGAAAUGACGCUCACUCCCUUAGCCGUCUGGACACGCUUCUCAGCAAACAGUCUAUGUUAGGAACGAGAGCCAACAAAAGAACAUUCUUGUCGAAUGUUGACGAAUUCUAA